AUGAAGCCUCUCAGUCAAAAAGGAAUAGCAAAUUACCUUCCUAUUAGGCAAUUUGCAAGGAAGGCGAGAAGAGUCACUGGGCUACAGAAGUUCCAAGAAAUGGCGCAAAAGUCCAAAGAGAAGAGCGAACAACCUCAGCCAGAAACACAAACAGAUUUAAUCAAAGAAGGAGAGUCUUUUGAGAUUGAAGACAAUCAUUACUUCCAAAUGCUUGAUACUAUUAUGAAAAACAAGGAAAACCCCGAUCUAAAGGAUGGCUUCGACCCGAAUAACUUGACUCCAGAGGAGCUUUCAAAUGCAAUUAAGGAUGCUGAAGCUGAAAUGUCUGAUUUGGAACACGAGGAAAGGACCAAUUCUCCUUUUAGGUUUGUAUCCCCUCCAUCUACUCACAGUGAAUACCUGAAAACUAUUUCAGAGGCUGAUGCUAGAUAUAAGGUAUCCAAGAAAUACUUAGAUGGAGCUAUGUCAAAGUCUUAUUAUGAAGACGAUCCAGAGAGAAUGCAAGAAGAAGUGUCAUUACAGAAUAAAUUGCCUCCUAAUUUCAUGAUCUCUACCCUAGUCUAUCCAAAAACUCAAAGUGAGGUGAUCUUGUGUGGAGUUGAAAAGAGUUCUUACAUCCAUGCACAUAUGUUGUCAGAUCUUUUACUGCAUUUCAAUCCAGAUGUAGUCUUCACACAGAUCUCACCCGACGAGCCCUACUUUAUUCGAAGACCCCGAAAUUAUGACUUUGUCAAAAACUCAAUGAAGAUGCUAGGGGAUGAAGGUUUCAAGUCAGAUAACAGUGGGUAUAAGGGGUACUGGAAGGCAUUCAUAAGGGGUCAAAGUAAAGCCGACUUCUAUGUAAACCCUGGCCCACAUUUCCUUUCUGACCUGACAAUUUUUAAGAGUAAGAAUGAUAUGAUCAUUGACCAGAAUCUGACCCCUUGAACUAAGGAGUUUGAUAUCGGAGCUAAUAUUGCGUAUACAAAGGGAUCUGUUAUUUUUGAUAAUGAGCUCUUACCUGAUUGAUUCUUAACUCCUUUAAUACAUCAGUACAACAAUCUUGACACUAAAGUUCAAUGCAUUGUUGGAGGAUACCCAAUCCUUGCUCUGAGAGAUAUGGUCGUAAGAAAUCACACCUUUGAUGAGAUUUACGAUAAUUUUAAACUUAUGAUGGAAAUGUACCAAUCUGGAGAAGUCACUUUUGAUCCUACUUAUUUAUUCCAAGAUUACUAUGUCAAGCCACAAGCUGAGUAUAUGGCUGAAGUUCUUCGACAAGCUUGUCAUUCUUCAAAGCAGUACUUUGCUGUUGUUGAUAAGGACAUGGUUCCUUUUAUCGAGAAACAGUGGAGAGAUUUAGGUGAGACACGGAAAAUCACCGAUUUUUACUCAGCAAUCCCCAGCAACACCACUGAUGAAGCUCAGAGCAGCAAGACCUACGUUGAGUAUGUCCAGAAGCAUGCCUUGUUCGACGUGAUGUUCGAUUCAUUUGUGCACAACAAUUUUAUGAAAUACUCUUUCUUCCCAUUCAACGGAGUGGGGCUCUACAACUGGGCCUCCUCCAUUUCUUCAACAAUAGAGUAUUGGAAUCAUUUUUAUGGAAAAUAUUUGGAUGAGUUUCAAAAGAUUGAUAUUCCAGGUGAAGAGAAGGACUUGUACAGCAAGAAACUGAAAUACCAGGAAAAUUAUGGAGAUGAGUCAAUAUUUAAAUAGUUUACCUCCUAAGAUAUUUUCAAG